CUCUCCUGAAUAGUAUUAUACCACCUCUUCCACUCCAUUCCAUCAUGGCUGCUUCUCUCGUCCGUCCCACUGCCCGCGCUGCUCUCCGCGCCGGAGCUUCGGCUACUCCCAAGUCCGCCGGUCUCGCUGGCUUGACCUUUGCCCGCGGCAAGGCGACUCUUCCCGAUCUGGCCUAUGACUACGGUGCUCUGGAGCCCUCGGUCUCGGGCAAGAUCAUGGAGCUGCAUCACAAGAACCACCACCAGACCUACGUCAACAGCUACAACACUGCCGUCGAGCAGCUGCAGGAGGCCCAGGCCAAGAACGACAUCUCGGCCCAGAUCAACCUCAAGCCCGCCAUCAACUUCCACGGCGGUGGUCACUUGAACCACACUCUCUUCUGGGAGAACCUGGCUCCCAAGAGCGCCGGCGGUGGUGAGCCCCCUUCGGGCGCUCUGGCCAAGGCCAUCGACGAGAGCUUCGGCAGCCUGGCUGAGUUCCAGAACAAGAUGAACACCGCCCUGGCUGGUAUUCAGGGCAGCGGAUGGGCCUGGCUGGUCAAGGACAAGCAGACCGGCAACAUUGGCAUCAAGACCUAUGCGAACCAGGACCCCGUCGUCGGCCAAUUCCAGCCUCUCCUCGGUAUCGACGCCUGGGAGCACGCUUACUACCUGCAAUACCAGAACCGCAAGGCCGAGUACUUCAAGGCCAUCUGGGAGGUGAUCAACUGGAAGACCGUCGAGAAGCGCUUCUCGUAGAGCGUCGGCGGUGCAUUGACUGUACAUUGCCUCUGGUUUGAGCGAAUGAUUUAGGAAGGGACUGUAAAAGGUGAUGCGAUC